GUCAUCAGUGGCAGCGAUGCAAGCACGAGCCAGCGAAGCAAUCAACAAGACAGAAGCGUGCAAGCAACACAACGCACAACGCAGUGCAGCAGUGCAAUGUGGCUCCACACACACGCCCGCCAUCAUCAUUCUUCCGUUGCCCUUCUCAAACCUCACGCAACAAGGCAGGAAGGAGCUGUCGUGUGUACCUGCACAAGUGGCCGCCUAACGCACGACUUGAAGUGUCCAUCCUCAACAUCUGAUGUUGCUGCUGUUGGCGUGCUUCAACAGCCUAACAGCAAACAGCAACGCGUCUCUCCACAAGACUAGAGACGAGCCUUCGGCUUUCUUGCUGACCUCUCGUCACAGCCCUGAACCAUGGCAAGCGACCUUGCUAUUGAAGAGAACACGCCCACAAACGAGAGAGUGCAGUCCAAGUUCAAGCAAUGGGUGAACAAGAAGAUCCAUUGGUACUGUCGCGGGGUGAUUGCACACCCGCGCAUGGGAACCAGCAUCCUUCUCCUCCUCACCUUCGUGCUAUCUGGAAUUGCGUUUGUUGUCUAUCCCUUUGACAUUGACACGACGGUCACGACCUUCAUUCCUCGCACGUCUCGCAUCGGAAAGCUGGAAGAGACUCGCAUCCUUGCUGAGGAAAUUACUCGCUUCAACCCAUUCCGUGCACCUUCGAACACAUCAUCUGUGAUAGUACCGCAGCAAACAGACGAGGACUACUACCUGCAGCUGCUGUUCUCUGUUCCGCAUGGCGACAACGUCUUCACCCGUGGCCGCAUCACCGCCAUGCACAACAUGGAGCUGGCUAUCAGGGCCAUGCAGGGUGAUCCAAGCUUCACACAAGUUUGCGCGCGUGCCAGGGACAGCACCGAAUGCUCGCAGCCGCAGUCCGUGACCCGAUUCUUCUUUGCAUCGGAAAUUGAUGGCUGUCCAAAUGUGUACCGCCCAGAUGGAAACAACACAGACAUCCCGUUUGCGUCCGUCGACGACGUGUUGCUGGCUCUCAUCACGCCACGCAACGUGAGCGCGAACACGUCCCUGCCGGCCUUCUGCUACUCCACAGCGGGUGACUGCUACGCAAACUGUUUCGACCCGUCACCGUCAGCGAUCGACUUUGCUGUCGCUGACACGUUUGGUUUCCCAGACAACAACGCCUCUCUCACCCCAGACCUCACGUCACACGUCUCGACGUCGCUGACAUUCUUUGGCCUUCCGUUAGCCGGGUUCAAAAGCCCGGACGACCGGUACGAUGAGCAGAUCUCCAUCAUUGAGUCAUUUGUCAAGCGCGUGCCGUCCACGCUCCGCCCCUUCAAGAAAGCGGAGGGUCUCACCACCACCAUCCUCAGCGGCGUCCUUAUUGACGACUACUUCUGGAAUCUGAUCAUCACGGAUACGGCACUCGUCUCCGUCAGCGUCGUCGUCGUCUAUCUCUACAUGGCCUUUCACGUUAACUCAUUCUUCAUUUCCGGCAUGGGCAUGCUGCACGUCCUGGUUAGCUUUCCGAUUGCGUUUCUCUUCACGCAAGCGGCCAUGGACUUUGGUGCUAUGGGUAUUCUCAACCUCAUGUCUCUCUUCAUCAUCUUGGGUAUUGGCGCUGAUGACGUCUUCAUCUUCGUCGACGCGUGGCGGCAGAGUGAGCUGGAAGUGCCCGGCCCAGACGGGCGCCUGCGUCGCAACGCCCCCAGUCGAGAUGCGGAGAUAACAGAGGACAAUCUCCAGUGGCUCACGGAGCGACUCGUGUGGACAUACACGCGGUCGUCCGAGGCGAUGCUGAUUACGUCGCUCACCACGGGCGCCGCCUUUGUCAUGAAUCUCUCCUCAUCCGUCCCGGCCAUCCAGAUCUUUGGCGCCUUUACCGGACUCAUGAUUCUCUUCAACUUCAUUCUGGUCAUCACGUACUUCCCGUUUGUGGUGGUGACGCAUCAUUGCUUUAUUCGUCACAUCCACUACCCGUGCUGCCGCCGCUGUUGCUCGAAGACAAACAGAACCAAACUUCCUGCUUCAGCGACCCAAACCCAACUCGAUGGAGUGACUAGCAACAAACUUGUUGGGAAACACCACAACAUCAACGAGUAUCGUGCACUGGAGCGGUUCUUCUACAAGUCGUACGCCCCGUUCAUCUGCAAACGCCGGUGGCAUUUGGUCGCUGUGUUUGCCAUUUGGUUUGGCGUCAGCAUCUACUUUGCAUCCGAACUCAAGGCCGCAACCGAGCCAACACAAUGGUUGCCAAGCAGAGACAAGCUACAACAGGCCUUUGACAUGCUGAACAGCGAUUUUGCGCGGACUGACCUCGUUCCACAGAUUGUUGUCAUGUAUGGCCUUGAAGUCGUCGACCUGUCUGGUGUGAAUCCAUACAAUCCAAACGACCCUGCUCGCGUCGUGUUUGAUUCCGGCUUCGACCCAACUGCUCCCAACUUUCAGGAGACGUUCAUCUCCAUCUGCGAGCGAUUUAGGGAGGAGGGCGAGUUUGUGCUUGAGGAGGAGAUUCUGUGCCCGAUGGAGCUCUUCCGCGACUAUGUCACAAACGAGCUGGGAAUGGCCUUCCCAGUCCCGAGAGACGACUUUGUGCCCUUGCUGGCGAACUUCACGCGAUAUUACGAGGAUAACAACGGGCCCGCCCCCGAUGUGUCCGGCGACGUGUCAUCAUCUGAGCAGGACGCAGUCACCCGGGACGAGCGCUCAUGGCAGCAGGUUGAGGUGUACCAAACCAUCCGCUUUCACCUCGACACGGAGGAACCUGAGUUGGCGUACAUGUUCAUCAUUGUCAACACAACUCUGAACACAUUCAGUGCUGGAAAGGACAUUCGCCCAGCCUAUGAAUUUUGGGACCACAUGCUUGAUAUGGAAAACGCCCGCGCAGACAACAUCGAGGCAACGCUCGACGGUGCGCUGCAAACAGCCGACUUGUACAUCGAUCUUCACUUGGAGGACACUUUGUUACGCGCGGCAAUUGUUGGCAUCGCCGCCAGCCUCUCACUUGCGUUUGUCAUCAUCAUCGUCAUGACACGUGACAUCACCCUCUCCGUCAUGUCUAUCAUCUCCAUCGGGGGCGUUGUCGUGUCGUUGAUUGCACUUAUGGUGAUGCUGGGAUGGACACUCGGCUUGAUUGAGAGUGUUUGCUUGACCAUCCUCGUCGGUCUCAGUGUGGACUACGUCAUCCAUCUGGCCAACGCGUAUCGCGAGAGCCACGAAGUGACACGGUUCAGCCGCGUGCGGGACGCAUUGGUGAUGAUGGGUAUCUCUGUCCUCUCAGCCAGUAUCACGACGUUCUUGGCUGGAUUUGUCCUCUUCUUCGGAUACAUUACCUUCUUCUUCAAGUUUGGCGUGUUCAUCGCCCUCACCAUCUUCUUCGCGGCAAUUUGGGCGUUUGGGUUCUUCAUGAGUCUCGCAGCCAUCGCAGGCAACAAAGAGUACGUCGACGACUUUGUACGUCUGUGGCGUGUGCUCACAUGCAAACCACAGGCACUGAAACUUGGUGGUGUCAACACGACGACCCCAGCGACUGAAAUGGAUCGCCACAAUGGCAUCACUGAAACCAAAGUCGCAGUCAUGAGCGGCUGAGGGCUUUCCACCACUGGCUUUGUUUGUUCGUUUGCUCGCUUGUUUGUCAUCGUUUGCAACGGUUGCCGUUCUCAAGCCUUUGUAGGCAACGUUGACCAGUUCUUUCCUUCCGUUCUGAAAUUGCCACCCCUCCCACUUCCUCAUUUUGUUAGAGCUGGUGAGAAAUGGCAAGUUAUACGAAACAGCACGAUGUUUGUGCCUCAGCGAUGGUCAGUUCUCGCUUAAUUUUCCUGUUUGUUUCUCUACACAUCAUCACAUGGACAAAGUAAGAAAGCGAGAAGAAGCGG